AUGCCAUUCGUGGGUAAAAGGAAAUCAGUUGAUGAAGCGGCGAAAUUGGAACGUUUUAAAGCAGAAGCCGAUACGCUCUAUAACGUUUAUUUGAUCGAAAAUGCUUACAACGUUUUACGGAGAUUUGCGUCUGGAAACGAUCCACAGAUGCUUUGGCGAUUAGCGCGGAUAUUAUGCGAAAAAGCGAAAUUAUCCAGGGAUAAGGAGGAUAAGAGGCGUUUUCUAUAUGAUGCUUUGAAAAUGGCCGAAAAAGCAUUAGACAACGAAGGUGAAGAAGGCUGCUGGGAAGCUCAUAAAUGGUAUCGACCUCAUUUCUAUUCUUCGAAUUUAUGGUAUCUGGCAGAAGUGAAAGCUAGAUUGGGCAAAAAAGAAGAGUCUUUGGAGCUGUACAAGGCAGCAUUUCGAAUGCCAGUUCUUACGAUCGACGAUGGUACUGCACAUGAUAAGGCAUAUGAGAAGCUGCAGAAAUUGGGAGUGAAAGAUUUCGUAAACGUUUGA